AUGGAUGAGUACAGUCUUUCAGCAAUGCUAGAAUCUUUAGGCGAAUUGAAAUCCAGUUUUUCUGCCGCACACACAAGCCUAGAGGAAUUGGACUUCGACUCCAUUGCCAGCGACCUGCCAAGUAACUUCGAUGCUAGUCUAAUCAACCUUAGAGCUACACUGCAACGCGAGAUUGGUAAACGUAGUGCCUCGCAACAUUGCUCCACGCUCAGAAUGAACUCCAAUGAGACCCAAUCAAUCAUUGUGAACGCUAAUAGCUCACGCUUGCCAUUGCUGACACUGCCUAAAUUCAGUGGCGCCUACACCGAGUGGACCAAUUUCUAUUCAAUGUUCACGUCAAUAAUCGACAAGGACAGCGACCUCACCAACAUCGACAAAUUGCAGCAUCUUCGUUCCUGUCUGAGCGGCGCUGCCCUUGACACCGUGCGCUCGCUGGAAAUAAACGACGCUAAUUAUAACACUGCAUUAGAUCUUUUACAAAAGCGCUUCGAUAACAAACGUCUUAUAUUUCAGGCACACGUCAGGGAGAUAUUUGGGCUAGAUAGGGCAGAUUCAAACGAAACCAAGCUACGAGAGCUGACAGAUAAGGUCACAGCACACAUACGCGCAUUGCAGUCGCUCGCAUCCAAUGGGAAGAUCGCAGAUGGCAUCAUCGUACAAUUGGUGAUCCAGAAACUCGACAAAAAGACGCAGGCUAAAUGGGAGGAGAGUUCAUCGAUCAGCGAACUGCCAUCCUGGGAUCAAUUAGCUAUUUUCUUGGAGAAGCGCUGCAGAGCACUCGAGAACGUAGAGCAUUCUAUGCAGACACGGACUGGUCAGGCGGUAAAAGCUAACAAGAACGUGAGUACUGGUCAGAAGAAAUCCUUUGUUGCUUCCAACGGCUCAACAGGUGUUUGUGUGUUUUGUGGAUCUGCCGAGCAUGCAAUUUAUAGCUGUCAACGCUUAGCAAAUUUGUCUCCGAACUUACGCCUGAGGGAAGUUAAGAAGCUUUCCCUUUGUCUUAACUGCCUAAAGACUGGGCAUCAAAUUCGUGACUGCAAAUCCGGAUCGUGCCGCGCCUGUCAGUCGAAACACCACACGCUCUUGCAUUUCGAACGCUCAACUGCAUCGUUAAUCAAUAGUCAAGCCGAAGCUUCGUCGGCAGCUACAGUUCAAUCCAACGCUAUGACUGCAUCGUUAUCUGCGUCGCCUAGUGCCCCAGUAUCUCCUUCUAAUGCUGUGUUCCUAGCUACUGCCGUCGUUCUGGUAAAAAAUCGUGCUGGAAGCUUCGUGCCUUGCAGGGCGCUUUUAGAUUCUGGCUCCCAGUUACACUUUGUCACAACUCGCCUUGCAAACCAAUUGCAGCUUGUAAAAGCAAAAUCUUCUGCUACAGUAUCUGGCAUUGGAGAUGCCAAUUUCUCAACGGAGGGUUACUCAGUCGACCUCGUAGUGAAGUCGCGGACUUCAGAUUUCUCAACAAACAUAACAGCUGUUGUUGUGCAAACCAUAACCGACAACCAGCCUGGCUGCUCCGUGAGCACCAACGAGUGGAAUGUUCCGUCGAAUAUACAACUAGCUGAUCCUGGGUUCAACUUACCGCAGCGAAUUGAUCUGCUCAUUGGAGCAGCAUUGUUCUUCGAUCUGCUAUGUGUGGGGCAGAUACGCUUGGCAUCUGGUUUACCACUCCUUCAGAAAACACGCCUCGGUUGGGUGCUAUCUGGAGGGGGGCAAGAAGCUCCAAAACUAUCAUCAUUUGUGGUGCGACGGAAGUCCUCCAGUGAUAUUAUUGCCACUCGGUUGGAUGAUUUAGUGCGUCAGUUCUGGGAAAUCGAGCACAACUUCGAGCCGAUCUCUAAGGCCUCCUAA